CUCAACAUGUGGAAAGCACUGGCUGUUCUCGCCGUUCUGGGUGUGUCCCGGCUGGCAUGGCUCGUCUACCGCCGCGCCGUCGUCAAAGCUCCACUACGGAACCUCCCUGGCCCACCGUCGACAUCGUGGCGGACAGGCCACUUGUCCCACUUGUACAAUCCCGCCGGGAUGUCCUGGCACCACGAUCUCACGCAGAACUACGGGAGCGUCGUCAAAAUUAACGGAAUCAUGGGGGUUCGUGUCACAGGAUUGUCUUAUGCAGCAAUGAGCUCAUCAUAGUCGUUCAGGACGAGCACUUGUACGUUGCCGAUCCGCUCACAAUCCACGUCUCAGGGGCAACAGCGUCAUCUUCGGCGACGGUCUGCUCUCGACGGUGACCGACCACCAUCGGAACCAGCGUCGCAUCCUCAACCCGAUCUUCUCCAGCAAGAACAUGCGCGAGCUCUGUCCGGCUGUGUUUGAGGUCGCCAACAAAGUCAGUCGCGUCAUACUUGCUUCCUGACUCCCCUGUCUGACUCCCCUGCUACUCCCAAGAUGGUCCAUCUCAUCAACGUAAAGACCAGAUCCCGCCCCGCCGAAAUGGACAUGCUCGAUCUCAUCAUGAGGACUGCGCUCGAGGUCAUCGGACAGGGUGGACUCGGCCACUCCUUCGAGGCGCUCGAGGAGGACCGCGAUCCCAACACCGCCUUCCGGACAGCACUACGAGGCCUGAUUCCGACCAUCUUCUCGCUGCAGAUCGAGCGCCAAGUUCUGCCGUUCAUCCUCAAGAUCGGCACACCUGGCUUCCGCCGCUGGCUCGUCGACGUCACACCCAGUCGUAGGUUGCACAAGCUGCGCGACAUCGUCGACGAGAUGCACAGCACGACGCUGGCGAUCUUCGAGUCCAAGAAGAAGGCGAUGCUGAUGGGUGACGAGAAGGUGCUGGAACAGGUCGGACACGGGCGCGACAUCGUCAGCAUUCUGAUGCGAGCCAUGCACGGCGCUUCGACACAAGACGUGAUGCCCGACGCAGAAGUCCUGGCCCAGUUGACGACGCUCGUUUUCACAUCACACGACACAACUUCCUCGACGAUCGCCCACAUUCUCCACCUCCUCUGCAUCUAUCCCGACGUGCAAGACCGUCUCCGCGCCGAAAUCAAGAAUGCACUGGACACAUGGGAGAGAGAGCACGGGAACCGCGAGCUCGGAUACGACUUGCUCAUGGAGCUACCGUUCCUCGAGAACGUCUGCCGGGAGACUCUAAGAUUGCAUGCCGCAGUGACCUUCAUGACUCGCACAGCCCGCUCCGCUUCUGUUCUUCCUCUGCUCUAUCCGCUGACCGGCACUGACGGCAAGACCAUCACCGAGAUUCCCGUCGCUGAGAACCAGAACGUGCACAUUGGGAUCGCAGCGGCGAAUCGCGACCCGAAGAUCUGGGGUCCCGACGCGAACGAAUGGAAACCCGAUCGGUGGGCAAACGGUGUGCCCAAGAGCGCCGCCAACGCGCAUCUGCCGAGCAUCUACGCCGGCACGAUGAGUUUCCUCGGCGGCGGGCGCGCCUGCAUCGGCAUCAAGUUCGCACAGUUGGAAAUGAAAGUGAUGAUCUGUGUUCUGCUCGACAACUUCCGGCUCAGUCUCCCGAAGGAAGAGAUCAUAUGGAAGCUGGCGAACAUCCAGAUGCCAUGGACCGAGAGUUCUGCGGGCCCUGCCAUGCCGUUGACGUUGGAACGGCUGUGAUUCUGACUAUGUAUAGCACUGUUGUUGCGACGAGACGAAUCUGUACCCGGAUCUGCUAUCAGAUGCGUAGAACACGUAUAAGAGAAGAAAGCACCUGGUGGUGGGCUGCUCCCCAACCAUGUCUGCCCCAACCCUCGCUCCUGUCCGAUGCGUGGUGACCGGCCUGAGUGACAAUGGCGCAGACGUCUUCACCGCCGACGGGGCCGUGCCAGUAAGCACCCGCCCCAAUGGCACGAACAUCUCGUUCGUCUACGCUGUACCGUCGUUGCCCGCCAACAACCGCGACACGAAAGAUUGGGCCGCGGAGGAGCGUGCCGGUCGGAACUGGAACGGCCUCAAGGAUCUCUUCGACGUGCCCGGGAUGACCUGCCGCGUGAUGGACAUGGCACCCGGUGCCCAAGGCCCUCUCCACCGGACAAACACCUUCGAUCUUGCCAUCGUCACGCACGGGCGCAUCACGUUGACGCUCGACGAGGAGGGGCGGGAGACGAAAACCGUGGACGCGGGGGACAUCAUCGUGCAGCGCGGAACAAACCACAAGUGGAUAAACCCGAGCGAGGACGAGUGGGCACGGAUGGUGUUUGUCGUCACGAAUGCUGCGACUCAGGAGCGCGAACCUGGCGAAGUGUAGUCGUAUAGCCGUAACAUUGCAAACGUGUAACAAAGCGUUCAAGGCAGACCCUGUAUCCUGUCACACGCGGCAGGGGAAUCUGUAGACUCGCGCCAGUCGCUAUUUCACACGCUGAAUAGCCCAAAAAGGAAACACGUGGCAUUCCAUCAUCUUGACUUAUCACCCGGAGAGACUGGUUUCAUCUAGGAACUUCGUCUGCAGCCCGCAAACCAUCUCUAGUCUGUGAAAACAGAUGGAUCUACUCCAGAUCCACCUUGUAGUUUCACACACCUGACGCACCACCUAAUGUAUUCGCACCUGCUCUCAGCGCUCAACGUCCCAGACCUCUGCAGUUGUGACAUUACGCGCAAGUAGACAACUCCAUAAUACUCUUACGGCCGUCGACGCAUUGACCACCAGGUAUUUAUGUCUUGAGAUUGAGGUUACGCACAAUAUGGACCACUUGCGAAGCCAUGAUCACAGACGCCGAGAAGCAUGGGCUACUUGAACUUGGGUCAUGCUGCUUCUCCGACUAUCACAAUGCGUAUAUGACCGGGAGUUCUCUCUGUUCCACUCCGCAGACUAGUGCUCGUUUCAGCGUUUGCCUCGAUCCACCUGCCCCAGAAUUGACAGGCCAGCUAUGACCGACAUUUCUUCCACACGUAAGCACACCGAACGGCUAUGCCGAUUGAAGCAAACGACCAAGAGUAAAGAUCCUUCUCGCAUAGAGCGAUGUGUAGUUCAUAUCGUCGCGGCCCUCCGAAAUUAAUUCGUGUAACUUAGACUGACCACUGGAAAAGACCGCCCAAGUCACUCGUUCGAUCUGUGCAGUCUGUUCACGAUCCUGUCAUCUAAUCUUGUAGGCAGAAUUUCCUGCAACUAUAAGUGCCUCACACAUGACUGAGUCUUUCGGUGAUUGGGAAUGUUCGCUGCUACCCUCCGCAUGGAAGAAAUGAGAGGCAAAGGCGACCUCGAUAGAGAUUCAACCAUCUAAUCGUAUCAUUG